AUGGGCAACAUCUUCGGGAACCUGCUGAAGAGCCUGAUCGGCAAGAAGGAGAUGCGCAUCCUGAUGGUGGGGCUGGACGCGGCCGGGAAGACCACCAUCCUCUACAAGCUGAAGCUGGGCGAGAUCGUCACCACCAUCCCCACCAUCGGGUUCAACGUGGAGACUGUCGAGUACAAGAACAUCAGCUUCACUGUGUGGGACGUGGGCGGCCAGGACAAGAUCCGGCCCCUGUGGCGGCACUACUUCCAGAACACCCAGGGGCUGAUCUUCGUGGUGGACAGCAAUGACCGGGAGCGGGUGAACGAGGCGCGCGAGGAGCUGAUGCGGAUGCUGGCCGAGGACGAGCUGCGGGACGCCGUGCUCCUCGUCUUCGCCAACAAGCAGGACCUGCCCAACGCCAUGAACGCGGCGGAGAUCACGGACAAGCUGGGCCUGCAUUCCCUGCGUCACCGCAACUGGUACAUCCAGGCCACGUGCGCCACCAGCGGCGACGGGCUCUACGAAGGCCUGGACUGGCUGGCCAACCAGCUGAAGAACAAGAAGUGA